UCGAGACGAGGACGUGGUCAUAAUGGUGCGCGAGGAUGCUACCAAUUACGCUCCUAACACAAAUUGGUGUAACAAUAAUCCAUCUUCAAGAUCAGAAGUGUCUUCCCACCAUGAUAACUUUGUUAGGAAGCUUCCAUAUAAAAAUUAUGAUAUCGAGUCUCCACGAGACUCUCCUUCUGAUCUUCCACCCAAUUCCUUCCGGGAUAAGCGUGAUAGCAAAGAGUCGAUGAACAACGCCGCAUCUCAACCUUCACAACAGCUGCUGCCACUGCCACCAACAUCACAAAUUCAACCAUCUGUAACCCCUGAUCAUCAGAGAGAAAAAGCAGACAUAUUCUCAACCUUAUGUGAUACGUUUGAUAACAAAGAGUCGAUGAACAACAAUGCAUCUCAACCUUCAAUACAGCCGCCAUCUCAACCUUCACAACAGUUGCUGCCACUGCCACCAACAUCACAAAUUCAACCAUCUGUAACCCCUGAUCAUCAGAGAGAAAAAGCAGACAGAUUCUCAUCCUUAUGUGAUCCGUUUCACAACAAAGAGUCGAUGAACAACAAUGCAUCUCAACCUUCAAAACAGCCGCCAUCUCAACCUUCACAACUGCUGCUGCCACUGCCACCAACAUCACAAAUUCAACCAUCUGUAACCCCUGAUCAUCAGAGAGAAAAAGCAGACAGAUUCUCAUCCUUAUGUGAUACGUUUGAUAACAAAGAGUCGAUGAACAACAAUGCAUCUCAACCGUCAAAACAGCCGCCAUCUCAACCUUCACAACAGCUGCUGCCACUGCCACCAACAUCACAAAUUCAACCAUCUGCAACCCCUGAUCAUCAGAGAGAAAAAUCAGACAUAUGCUCAUCCUUACGGGAUGCGUUGCAUAACAAAGAGUCGAUGAACAACAAUGCAUCUCAACCUUCAAAACAGCCGCCAUCUCAACCUUCACAACAGCUGCUGCCACUGCCACCAACAUCACAAAUUCAACCAUCUGUAACCCCUGAUCAUCAGAGAGAAAAAUCAGACAUAUGCUCAUCCUUACGGGAUGCGUUGCAUAACAAAGAGUCGAUGAACAACAAUGCAUCUCAACCUUCAAAACAGCCGCCAUCUCAACCUUCACAACUGCUGCUGCCACUGCCACCAACAUCACAAAUUCAACCAUCUGUAACCCCUGAUCAUCAGAGAGAAAAAGCAGACAGAUUCUCAUCCUUAUGUGAUACGUUUGAUAACAAAGAGUCGAUGAACAACAAUGCAUCUCAACCGUCAAAACAGCCGCCAUCUCAACCUUCACAACUGCUGCUGCCACUGUCACCAACAUCACAAAUUCAACCAUCUGUAACCCCAGACAUAUUCUCAUCUUCAUAAACUCAACUUUCUAAUAACAAUGGAACGAAAACGUCAACUAAUAUUUCAGACCCUUCAGCAUCUUCGAGUAGUACUGCAGGUUUUCUAAUUAGUUCUGGUACCAUUCCUCCACUUGUUGAAACGACAAAUCCAUCAUCACUGACGCGGCCGCUAACAGCAGCAACAGCGAAAACUUCUUCACCAGCAACAUUGUCUACAACAUCUACCAGUCGGCCAUCCCAAUUGCCUGGUGAUACAGCAAAUGGUGAUCAUGAGUUGAAAUGUCGUUCCUGCCAUAAUCAUGUGAAGGAUUGUUGUCGGCAAAGUGUACUUGCUGCUUUGGGCCAUAAAUCAACCGAUUGCAUCCAGAAGGGGUCGCAGUAAUUUUGCUUUAGAGCUUAGAGUCUAACGGCGACCGGAACUCACACCUGACAAGAGCACAAGAAAUCAACUACAAAUUAAAUGAUGCUUCAAUUAAGGAAAUUAAAGGGCCUCUUGCCUUCAAUAGACAAAAGAGCUAAUUGUCAUAUAUUCAUAUUAAUUAUUAGCAUUUUAUUUUUGGUUUGGUG